GGUAUUAUUCGAGUAAUGCCUACUUGGUUAUAAAGUUAUCAGAAACGGUGGUGUUUCGUUUAUUACAACAGACGAUGUUGCGGUUGUAGCUGAUCUGCUCAAUACGUUUGACGACAACAUCAAACGUGGUGCUUCCAGACACUUCAAACGUUGAGGAAUUCAUCUACAUCUUACUUUAAUUCGCUUUACAGUGAAUAUGUUUACUUGGAGACUGCUGUCUGUCCUGCUGGUGUCUGUCGUCACCCAGUACACGCACAUUCGAGGCGAUGCCGGCUCGGUCCUCAGCACCCUCUUCAAGGACUUCUACGCCUGGCGCUUAGAGGACUCCCCGCAGUUCGCGACCUACGUGGGGACGUACCGCUUCAAUGACAGGCUCCAGUCUUUCAAUGUAUCACAGAUGAUAGAGAGGCAUAAUAUAGCGGACAGCUUUCUCUUCGACCUUGAGCAGAUAGACCCAGCCGACCUGUGUGAAUCGGACGUGAUCAACUACAGGAUCUUCAAGGAUGUGUUGACCACAUACGUGAAAGGCUUCAAGUGGAGCAGAUUCGGGUCGCUAAACCCUCUGAACUUCCUGGAGGGUAUACACCUAGACCCGGUCCACGACGUAGAGGCCACGCCCUUCUUCACACGCGGGGACUAUGAGAACUUCAUCGCACGUCUUCAGAACACUCCAUUCCAGCUCAGCCAGUAUAAAGACCUAUACAGAACAGCAAUGACAAUAAACCGAACAUCACACAACGCGUCAGUGGAUCGUGUGCCGGGGCAGAUAGAGCGGCUGCUUGUGGACCCAGAACAGUCGGCCUUCUACCAACCAUUCACAGCACUUCUCGAAGAACUGCCAAUAGAUAUACAAGUCAAAAGGGAAAUGAGAGACAGAGCGCACGUUGCAAUCCAAAGUGUACUUCAAGCAUUCCGUGACCUGAAGACGUUCCUGGAAACAGAGUAUUUCCCAAACACGAGGCCAAAAUGGGGUGUGGGGUCCCUUCACUUCGGACUGGACUAUUACAAGGCGUGCCUCGAAUGGCAUCUGUCCACAGACAUGAGCCCAGAAACGGUUCACCAGAUAGGACUUCAGGAGGUGGAGAGGAUCGUGGGGCUGAUGCAGAAGAUCAUGGACAAGCAGAAUUUCAAAGGAUCUGUUGCAGAGUACUUCGCGAUGAUGAAGAACGACACGUCGUUACAUAUGGAAACAGAGGAGGAACUACUGGAAGCAUACCAGAAAAUUGUAAAUGAAAGAGUGAAGCCAAGGCUGCCUGAAAUGUUCAAUAAUCUGCCUAAUCUACCAGUAAAAGUAGAGCCCAUGCCGUAUGAUGGCCCAGGGGGACAGUACAUCUCUGGAUCCGAGGAUGGCUCAAGGCCCGGUAUUUUCCUCGUCAAUCUGUAUAGACCACAAGAAACGGGAACCUACGUCAUGGUGCCUAUCACGCUGCAUGAGUCGAUACCUGGCCAUCAUCUUCAGGCUAGCUACGGGUUGAAAGCAAGCCUGCCUAGUUUCCGGCGCAACACGGAGUUUUCUCGGUACUAUGAGGUGCCGUUCCACUUCCCUUUCUACACUGCCUAUGUGGAGGGCUGGGCACUGUAUGCUGAAUCUCUCGGAGAAGAGCUAAACCUAUAUCAACACGACCGUGAACUCAUGGGCCGAUACAGUCUAGAAAUAUUCCGGGCUUGCAGACUGGUCGUGGAUACAGGCUUGCAUUAUUAUGGGUGGAACCGCGAAGACGCGAUCCAGUACAUGCUCAACUACACAUCCUUCUCCCGGGUGGAAAUGACGAUAGAGGUCGACCGAUACAUCACGUGGCCAGGACAGGCAUGCGCAUACAAGAUUGGCGAAAUCAAAAUAAAAGAGUUACGGAAGAGAGCACAAGAUCAAUUGGGUGAGCUGUUUGAUAUCCGGGAAUUCCACUCCGUGGUGCUGGAGAACGGCCCUAUGCCUCUCACCAUCCUGGAGGAGAUCGUGGACGACUGGAUCCUCCACUACAGGCCCUCCACCGUGGAGGAGACGUGCACAGACGCCGCACACACACAGCACGUCUCUGUUCUUAUGUCUCUGUGUCUCAUCACACUGAGUCUAUCUUAGUGGCUGAGCGACUGGCUUCCCCGGCUGACAAGUGCUCACAAUAUGAUUACCCUGUCUCCAUCUUACUCUGUUACUGUGAGGGUGACGGCUUGGUUUGUCCGCCCGUCACAUAAAAGGCAUUCUCGCCGUCUCACCCGACUGGUAAAAACUACAUAGUACUGACAUCCUGCCAAGAGCUCAUAACAUGAGUCAUGCCCCUUUGGAAUAAUUGCAUCUUAUCGCUGGUGCUGCAAAAUAUGACAGUACUUAAAAUAUCAUAUGUUGCUUGGGAUACAAAUACUUGUGGACCCUACGCAGUCUAUGGCUUCAGGUGCAUGCCUUUCACCUACUGGCAGACCUAUGCACGACUGCCGGAACUUUUCACGACCACGCCUUAUCAAUGCAAUCAGCGACGUCAGUUUGUGUACAGCCACAUGUUCCUGGACUCAUUCUUGAGUGUCCAUAUUUAUAUUAAGUCCACAAGAGGACAUUGUCUCUGUAUGUCUUCAACGUAAUCAAAAUCAUCAGGCCACCAUUGGAGAAACCAUCUUCCCGAGGCAAGAGAGUUAACUGACUUUAAAAGUCCAGCUUCCACCCUUGCCGAACUAGGCUGGAAUUCCUAGGCUCGAUCUAGUGCCACCAAUGGUUAUUACGAGUUUUGUCCCGUCCAAACCUCUCCUGUGGACCAAUCAGAUUCCACCUCUCGUAUAACGUGCAUUUGAUGCAAACAAAAUUGCGGCGCCCAGUCAAGACGAUCUGAUGGAUAGUCAAUAUGUAUAUUGUGAUACAACGGGUUUUACAUCGAAAAUCAAAUCACGUGAGCACCUUGAUUAAAAUCAUGAAAAAGAUUUGGAAAAUAUCCCUUGACCACGAAUUGGCGGUGCACAUGCUUUGCUGACAAGGUAAGGAUGUCAUCUGUGGGAUGACUC